AUGAAGUGGAAUAUAUUUAGAUCUAAAAAAGACACCAAUAUGGAAUAUGUGGAUCGAACAGAGAGGGUUUUUUGUACUAGAAAACAUUGUACUGAAGCAUGUAUACCCAAAAAAGAUGAAUAUAAAAUUUGGGUAGAUUUUCUUUCAAGUAAGGAAUGUGAAAGAAAAUUGUUUUAUGAAAAUAUAGCAAGACUACCUUAUAAUUACAGAACAUCAGUUUAUUUAAAAUGCGUAUGUAAUAUAGAAGCUGCUAAAGAAAAAUUAAAAAUUAUUUUUGAAAGUAGUGAUCCAGAUUCAAAAAUUACAUCUGAUCAUUUAAACAAAGAAUUUGAUAAUAUUCCAAAUAAGGCAAUAGAAUUUGAUUCACAUAUUUUAAGAAAAAUAUUUGAAUUAACAAAGAUAUAUAAUUUAAGUAACGAAGAAGAGAUCUUUGACGUUUUUAAAAGAAUGUUUUUGAUGUAUGGAAUAAAUGAAGAUAUCUUACCAUUGAUUAUAAAUUUUAUAAAAAUACCAAAUAUGAAUGGAGAAAGGUUAAUAUUAAUAUUAAGUCAUUUAGUAGAAAAUUAUGGUUUAUUGGAGGCAUAUGAUUUUAAAUAUGAAGAGGUAGAAGAUCAUCAACUAUUGAAUUUAAAGAAUAACAGAAAAAUAAAAGAAGAAAUUAAUAAUACAAAAAGUGUUUUUGAAAAAAUAAUUAAUGAGGAAUUUGAAACCUUCAUUUGGUUAACAGAUUUAGUAUUUGCUACAAAUAUGACAUAUUUAAAUUUAAUAGAAGAAACUGAAAAGUUUUCAAAAAGUAAAGAUCAGAAUGAACUUUUACAAGUAUUAAGAAGUAAAUCAAAUGCAAAGUUUUAUAAAAUAAAACCACACAUGAACAGUAAAUACACCUAUAAAAAAAGGGAACAAAAUUACUUUGAUUUUCUUGUUGUACAGAAUGAACUAAUAAAAGCACAAGAAAGACUAAAGAUAGAGUAUGAAACAAAGAUAGCAGAAUUAGAAAGAAAAAUCAGUGAAAAUAAAUAA